AUGAGCUCCCCACAAACAACGAAGGAAAUCCAAUGCCUAACUGGCCGAGUGGCAGCACUUGAGCGGUUUAUCUGCAGAGCUACCGAUAGGUGUCUCCCCUUCUUCCAACAACUGAAAGGUUACAAGAAAAUGGAAUGGACCUCUAAAUGCGAGCAGGCAUUUCAGGAGCUGAAGCAAUACUUGGGUUCGCCUCUCUUACUGUUGAAACCAAAAGAGGGUGAGCCCCUACUCUUGUACUUGGCAGUUUCAGCCUUGGCCAUCAGCUCUGCACUCAUCAGGGAGGUAGGAAAUAAACAAUAUCCUGUCUACUACAUGAGCAAAGAAAUGGUGCCCGCAAAGACUAAAUACCCGAGCAUCGAAAAGUUAGCUAUCAGCUUAGUUUUUUCAGCUCGAAGGCUUCAACUCGGGGAUAUUGACAUCCAAUACCGUCCAAAGAUUGCGAUUAAGGGCCAGGCGGUGGCUGACUUCAUAGUCGAAUUCACUAUCCCGAACAACGAUAACAAAGCAGAAGCAGCCCCUGCAACGCAGCUAGUCCUAAUGCCCGCCAAGGAUCAGGAGUUGGAGCGGAGGUGGUUCCUUUAUGUCAACGGGUCUUCCAUUGCCAAGCGAGCUGGGGGAGGAAUCGUCUUGGUCGCACUCGACUCUACGACCAGUCAAUAUGCCAUCAGGCUCGAUUUUAGAGCUUCCAAUAACGAAGCCCAAUAUGAAGCCUUGUUGGCGGGACUAAGAUUGGCGGCGAGUCUAGGGGUUUUGUCCCUUGAAGUACGAUGUGAUUCCCAACUUAUGGUGAACCAUAUUUUCACAGGGUACGAAGCCAAGGAAAUUAGGAUCGUAGCUUAUCUGGCCGAGACCCAAAAAUUGAUUGAGAGGUUCUGGAGUUGCACCAUCAACCAUAUUCCGAGGGCAGAGAACUCUUGGGCUGAUGCCCUUGCAAGGUUAGCCUCGGCCACGGAGGGAAAGAUCCCUCGGAUCAUUCUCGUAAAAUUCAUGAAGAGCUCGAGUAUCGACCAAUUGGGACGAGAAAUGGCUAACGCGGUCGAGACUACACCAAGUUGGAUGGACCCAAUCUACAACUACCUUGUAUCUGGUAAGGUUCCUCAGGACAGGCUGAAGGCUCAACGCUUGAAGAUCAGAGCAGCCCGAUACAUUAUCCUGGAUGGGAUCUUAUAUAAGAAGGGGUACUCACAACCAUACCUCAGAUGCCUUCGACCCGAAGAAGCGGAUUAUGUGAUAGAGAAAUCCACAAGGGUAUCACGGUAA